UAUAAGGUUUGCUAUUGUUUUUCAGUUUGUUCCUUGCGUGGUACACACAUUCCAAGUUAUUCAUUUGCGGAUCGAUAUCUUACAAGCCCCAAUUAUCCCUACAACUAUCCUCCUUCAACUACUUGUCUAUGGAGUUUGAGUCGACCGUCAUUGCCUUACGCUGUAAAGCUUACAUUCCACUACUUCUCCUUGGAAUCUUCAUCUGGUUGCUCGCACGAUUACCUAGAAAUUCGCGAUGGUGACUUCUACUCUAGGAGCACACUGAUCGGAAAAUUUUGCGGGAGCAGACAGCCACCUAUAAUAGUAUCAAAGUACAAGUAUCUUUUUGUGAAGUUUGUCAGCGAUCGUGAUUACUUUCCUUCGACACGAAAAUUCCAGGCAACGUUUAGAGCCUUUGUACCAUGUAAGUAUUUGAUAGAAACUCUCUUGGUGAGUGUGUGACCAAGUGGAGUUGCAAAUUAUAGGAUACUGUUACGAGUUUUCAAUCCUGUCCUUUAGGCUAUUAGCUAUCUAGGCAGAGUUAGGCGUGCAUUGUUCUCCGAAAGCUUGACGUUUUGGUGACAAGAGAGUGUGAAAUUUUAGUGGCUUAUGAUCGUCUAAACCGUUGUCCAAACCCGAAGAAAUAUCAACAGACCACAAAAAUCCAUACCAUAAUGAAUCAGUACUAUCUCCAUCUAACAAAAAGCCUUGGGGCUGGUGUAAGGAUCAAUCACACCAACUAAUUUGGGGACUGAUGACACAAUUAUAGCAUCAAAAGCUUGCAGCUAGCCUCCUCCGCAGCCAGGCAAUUCUUUUUGUAACGGUUACACUGACCGUGAGGAGUCUGAGAACGAGGAAAAGAAUUUAAAAAAGUGAAAGUCACUACACGUUCCCUCUCCAUUCUUCCACCUGUCCUCUAAAACAAGACAGUGAAGACUACGGUAUAUGUAUAUAAAAACUGAUGAAAAGCCCAAAUGCCAAUUUUGUAUUUCUGUUGACAUUCCAGCAAUGUUGAGCGGCAUUUGCUCGAUAAACAGCCCAUUUCUCCAUAACAACAACUUACGGCUGACUAGUUCAUCUGGAGGGACUUUUCGAAGCCCCUCUUACCCCUCUUACUACCCAACCAACAUGGUGUGCACCUGGAAGAUCACCUCGCCGGCAGGCAAGAGGAUCAAGAUUUCUUUCAACUAUUUCAGGCUUGAAAGUGGUAUUUGUUCCUCUAAUGACUUCCUGGAAGUUCGAGAUGGUUCGUCUUCGACGAGUAUAAGGAAAGGCACUUACUGUGGAAGCUAUGCCCCGACUAUUACUUCCAGUGGCCAAUAUCUAUGGAUUCGCUUCAGAUCUGACUCUUUAAUUGGCUAUAAUAAAGGCUUUGAAGCUCGUUAUUCAUUUGUCAAAGUUGCUUGUAAGUAGUCACAAGUUUGCUGUCUGAACUCACUGUACAUGCAAAGACGCGUACGAAUAAGGCAUAAUCAUGAGGGAGGGAGAAAUAUAGAGUGUGGUGAACUUGAAUUGAGGAAAUAGCUAUGAAAUACCCUUUUAUGCUUGCAAGAAAUUAGAACCAGUUACCUGCCAGUCUCUUGCAAUUUCAAAAUGAUUGAAUGGAAACGAGUACUAUACUGCAGCUGGUUCCGUCUCUGAAUGCAUUCAAAGUAUAAGAUUUAAAAAAAGGAAAUUAUUGGUUAUUAAAAUGUCCCAAAAUAACAUUUUUGGGUCCGAAGGUUUUGUUGACGGGUUUGUGAGACUUAAUUAAAGAUAUUUUGCAGUAUAUGUUGCAGUAUUUCGAAACGAUUUUACCUUUAUUUGGUCUGAAAUCAUACUCGAGCUCACGCUGUGCACUCGUCCGCUUUUGAAAUCACGCGCAUGAUUUCAGACCAAAUUGUAGUCCACUCAGUUCAAUUACCAUUAUACAUUAUACAUGUUACUUAUACAUUCAUCCACUUAUCUACUGUUCUUUUCUCUGUUUCCUUAACCAGCAAGCAAAGUAGUUACCGUGGUUGCAGUCGUCAUAGCAAUUGCUAUUAUAAUAGCAGUGAUCGUCGCCGUCAUCUACUACUUGAAAAGAAGAAACAGACGCGUUGUACGAACUCAGGCUGUGCCCAUUGCCACCACCACAACAACUAUGACCACUACUCAGCCACCCCCUGCUGGAUACCCUCACGUGAUUACGCAGCAGUACCCACCACCUGGUAUACACACUACUCCAGCCCCACCCCCUAGUACCAUAUCUUCUCUUACCCUAGGCUCACCUCCUCAAGUGGCUUAUCAAGCGGCUAUUGUACCGAUCAGUCCUGGUAAUGGAGCCUACUCACACCCUCCGGGGGCACUGCCGACAGCGCAAGCUCCCCCUCCCUACUACUGA